AUGGUCAGAAGAAACAGUAAUGCCCCUACACAUCCUGUCAUUGGUACCAUAGAUAUUGGUACCACCUCCGCCAGAGCCAUCUUAUUCAAUGAUAAAGGUGAAGAAUUAGCUAAACAUCAAAUCGAAUACAGUACAAGUGCUUCAGAAGCCCCAGAUGAAAGUUCAAAUACUGAUCAAUUCAGAAGAAGAUCUUCUUUAAUGAGACAUAAUCAACCUAUUUUCACUGCUGAAGGGGUAGCUAUCUCCAUUAAUGAUGAUAUUGAAAUUGAAAACAAUAAAGCCAGUGUUGGACCAACUUUAAGAUUCCCUCAACCUGGAUGGGUUGAAUGUAUGCCAGUUCAUAUUUUAGCCAAUGCAGUUCAAUGUCUUAUUGCUUGUUUAAUCACUUUAAGAAAGAUUAAUCUGAAUCCUAACUUGAAAACAAAAUAUAGAGUCAAAUGUAUUGGUAUUGCUAAUAUGAGAGAAACAACUAUUGUUUGGUCAAGAAAGACAGGUAAACCUUUAAGUAAUGGGAUUGUUUGGACUGAUACUAGAACUUCAGAAAUCGUCCAACAUUUAGAGAAAUUAAUCGAUGAUGAUAAGAAGAAAGAAUUAAGAGAAAAGACAGGUUUACCAUUAUCGACAUAUUUCUCAGCAGCUAAAUUGAGAUGGUUAUUAGAUAAUGAUGAUAUUAUUAGAGAAGAAUAUGAAAAGGGUGAUGGGAACUUAAUGUUUGGUACUAUUGAUACUUGGUUAAUUUAUCAUAUGACUAAAGAAAAGAGUUUCUUAACUGAUAUUUCCAAUGCUUCUAGAACUUAUUUCAUGGAUAUUGAAACUGGAGAAUAUGAUGAUGAAUUAUUAGAAUUUUGGGGGGUUGAUCCUUCUAAGAUUAGAUUACCAAAGAUUGUUUCAAGUUCAGAAUUCUAUGGAUCUUUUGCUUCACCUAAUUUCCAAAAUUUAGGGUUCCAUAAUAAAAUUACUAAUGAAGCUUAUGAAAUUUUGAAAACUAUCACUGGUGUACCGAUCUGUGGGUGUCUUGGAGAUCAAUCUGCAUCAUUAGUUGGACAAUUGGCUUUUAAAUCUGGUAGUGCUAAAUGUACUUAUGGUACUGGAGCUUUCUUAUUAUAUAAUACUGGUACUAAGAAAUUAAUUUCAUCUCAUGGGGCUUUAACUACCAUUGGUUAUUGGUUUAAGCAUCUUCAAGGUGAAGAUAAUAAACCUCAUUUUGCUUUAGAAGGUUCAAUUGCUGUUGCGGGAUCGAUUAUUCAAUGGUUAAGAGAUAAUUUGAAAUUAAUUGAAAAUGCUAAAGAUAUUGGACCGUUAGCAUCGCAAGUUCCAAAUAGUGGUGGAGUUGUAUUUAUUCCAGCAUUUUCUGGAUUAUACGCACCUUAUUGGAAUGGAGGGGCAAGAGGUACAGUUUUUGGUAUGACUCAAUAUACUUCAUCAAGUCAUAUAGCCAGAGCAGCUUUAGAAGGUGUUUGUUUCCAAGUUAGAGCUAUUUUAAGAGCUAUGGCAGGAGAUGCUGGAGCCAGUGAAGAUUUCUUAGAAACUGCGUUAUCAAGUCAAAAUGAAUCUAAACCUUUAAGUUCUUUAGCAGUUGAUGGAGGGAUGUCUAAAGCUGAUGAAGUUUUACAAAUUCAAGCCGAUAUUUUAGGUCCUUGUGUUACAGUUAAAAGAGCUCCAAUAUCUGAAUGUACAGCUUUAGGAGCUGCUAUAGCUGCCGGUCUUGGGUUUGAAGAUGAAGAAGAUAGAGUUUGGUCUUCAUUAGAUGAUGUUAUUACCAAAUUAGGUAGUUCAGUAGGUGAUGAUAAUUUAUUUAAAGCUAAAUUACCUGAUGAAGAUAGAAGAAAGUUCUGGAAACGUUGGGAAAAGGCUAUUGAUAGAGCUAAAGAUUGGUUAGAAGAUGAAUAG